AUGACAGAACCAACACCUGAGCCCUCUCUAAUGACUCCCAGUAGUUCAUACUGCCACCAUCUCAUCAACCAGACAAUCGGCGACUUCUAUCAUGAAACCUAUGCGAUGCUUGAAAGGUUUAGUUUCGAUGACUUGGCCCUAGAAACACAUAAGACCGUGUUGGAAUCGAUCAAGCGUCGAUUAGAUCACAGUAAUACGCUGAACCAGGAUCAACAGCAUGAUACUUCAUGGUCUGACGGCUCGCAAUACGUUUCACUCAUGGAUUCUGGGAAAGGAUCACGAUAUAAGGGUUCGCUUUUCUCUGCCUUUUCAAUCACGGAUUUUACUGGUUGGCACUCAUCUCAAGUACAACUACUUGGAAACGAGAUGCACUGCGGAUAUACUGCGCAAGACGCAGCUCAGGCAGUAACGGCGAGGGUUAUUAGGCGCAAAUUGGGGAGCAAAGAUGAAAGCAACAGGAAGCAUUGGGAACGAAGCCGCAAAAGGCUUAAUACCGGCCUUGCUAGAGGACGAAAGUGGCUCUACCUCAGUGCUAAGUUCGGUUGUGGAAUACUGUUUAAGGAUAACCUCGCAAAAUCUACCCAGUCAGAACUCGAUGAGUUGGCCGUGGGGCUCCCAAGCGAUCCCGAGAAGGCAGCUCUGCUCCGUUUCCUCGAUGAACAGAUGGAUCUCUUGAUAGAAACUGGCAAGACAAACCUCACUAUCCUCCGCGAGCGCUUAAUGGCCAAAGAUUUAGCCUUUGCAAUUCCUCCUUUGCCUCGCAGUGGUACAGGGCUUCACAAUGACAUAUACACGCAAUUUCGAGACCGGGUCCACAGCAACGAACUUGUCAUCAAAGGAAUCGAUUUCAAGUUUAGCACCGAAAGCCUGAAAUCUCUUAGUGACAAAACUUGGCUAAGCAGCGGCAUCGUCACUGCCUGUCUGCAUUUAUCGCACAGAAUUCCGUGUGUCAAUACUGGCAUUUACAUCCCUACUCAUCGGCAAGAGGAACGCGUUGAUCUUCUACCUCGACCAUUCCAGAAAGCGAACAGACAAAUGAAGAUGUGGGCUGAAGAAUACGAGGAGAAUGGCCCUGUGGUCGGGUUGUUCCCGCUUUUGCUCACCAAUAACCAUUUCACCCUCCUCGAGAUCAACGAAAGGACAGGGUAUAUCUACCAUUAUGACUCGUUUUGUCAAAAACAUUCUGCUUUACAGAGCGCGUGCCAAAAGGAGUUUCCUCAUCUCAACUAUAUUGAGAAGUGUAUACGACAAGUCGAUGGCACCAGCUGUGGGCUAAUGGUGACUGAACACGCGCGCCGUCGAAUGAUGAACCGGCCUAUUGUUACCAACGAGGAUCACAAAUAUGAGGCGAGAGAGCUCAGGGUGAAGGGGGCUGAGCUUUUAAUUCUAGCACUAGAUGAAGGCAGGAUUGAGAGUGUGACGGAAUGCGGAAAGCGCAAGCGGCAGACGGAUACUGGAAGGGACGCGAAAAGGAGGCAGUUGAACAGACUGAGCACGAGAGAUGACGAACCAUGUGAAGAGGAUGUCAUAGUUAUCGACUAG